AUGGCCAAGAUUGUCUUCCGAGAUGCCUUCCGAAACUUUGAAAACGGGAAUGAAGCCAUUGAGUCAGCAGCGCAAGACACCAGCACGCAUAGUCCCAGGCGUAACAGGCGAACUCCUUUGAACUUCGUCUCCCAGAUUUCUCCCAAUGGCGAGCAUGGUAAGGAUGAGAACUCUAGUGUGAGUGAGUUUGACCCUCCCCCCUACCUUCCUCCUUCACUAGAGUAUUCCAACCGAUGGAGGGUGACCGAGACGGUGGGCAACGAGCGGCAUGUGUAUCAAGUCUUCUUCAAGCUGCGUCUGCACUUGUUCUGCAUCGAACAGAUAGAGGCAAAUAAGGGAACCAAGAACGACUCCGCGCCGAUCGAGGAGAUUUCAGUCAUCGACAUCGUCGAUCGCGCUAUCCUGAAUCAGAACACGAUGUCUCUCAAGGUCAUGAAAGAUCAAGGAGCUGUGGAUCAUCGCAAGUUUGUCUUCAUCGACAACAAGGAUAUGUCAGACUUUGCCUUUGCACUUCAGUCCCUGCAGCACGAGAUGAUGAGCCAAGAGGGUUCGGGGCACCGGGUCUUCGACUCGUCGCAACGAAACGUGCUGGGGCAGUGGAAGAAGAAUAUUCUCAAGGACAAGACGAUGGUCAAGCGAAGGGACCCGAGGCUAAUGACGAGGAUACGGAUCUGGUUCAAGACCGUCAUGACGGUUGACAGAGAUGACAACGCGCAUGAGUUUCACCGGACGAGAGCCGAAGGUGCGGGAGAGGAGGAGGAAGUGUGCAAAGGGAAGACAGGGAUCGAGGACGGGGAGCUGUUCGCCCUCUACGUCAUCCUCAUCUCAGCUGCGUUUCUCAGCUACACCAUUAUCGUCACUCCCUUCGGGUCUCCCGAGACGCUGCAGGCGAUGAAAGUGACCGUGAAGCAGGCUGGCGUUCCUGUGGGAUACGGACCCCUGCCAGGGAUUGCGUGGGAUUACUUCAGCUCGGGGCAGGUUGUGCAGAGGAGAUGGGAGAGGAGGGAGGAGGUGGGAGAGUUCUUAGCAAGGAGUGAAGACCUGUAA